AUGGCCUUGCCCUUCUCUGUCCUCAUGGCCCUGGUGGUACUCAGCAGCACGCCCAUCUGCUCUCUGGGCUGUGAUCUGCCUCAGUCCCACAGCUUGGGCAACAGGAAGGCCUUGAUUCCCCUGGCUCAUAUGAGGAGAAUCUCUCCUUUCUCCUGCCUCAAGGACAGGAGCGACUUCAGAUUUCCCCGGGAGGAGUUGCGUGGCAAGCAGCUCCAGAAGGCUCAAGCCAUCUCUGUCCUCCAUGAGAUGACCCAGCAGACCUUCAACCUCUUCAGCACAAAUGACUCAUCUGAGGCUUGGAAUAAGACCCUCCUGGACCAGUUCCGCACUGGCCUCUAUCAGCAGCUGAAUGAGCUGGAAGCCUGUCUGAUGCCAGACGAGGGAGUGGAAGACACCGCCCCCAUGAACGAGGAGGACCCCGUGCUGGCCCUGAGGAGCUACUUCCAGAGAAUCACUCUCUACCUGAAAGAGAAGAAAUACAGCCCUUGUGCCUGGGAGGUGGUCAGAGCAGAAAUCCUGAGAACAUUUUCUUCAACAACAAGCUUGCAAGAAAGAUUAAGGAGAGAGGAAUGA